GAUCGUCUAACGUCACACCGGGACAACAAAGGAGCGAUGCUCUGCGUUUGUUCCACGCGCGCGCAACAUCGCCACAAGCGAACCGACGUGCGCGCUCCCGCUGUGUGAAGCGACAAGAUGGCGGUCGCCGCCGGAUCAGUUGUCAAAGUCCCUCGCAAUUUCCGGCUCCUGGAGGAGCUGGAGGAAGGCCAGAAAGGUGUGGGCGAUGGCACGGUGAGCUGGGGCCUGGAGGAUGACGACGACAUGACCCUGACGCAUUGGAGAGGAGUGAUCCUCGGCCCCCAGAGGACAAGCUUUGAAAACAGGAUGUACAAUCUGAAAGUUGUAUGUGGGCCAGAAUACCCGGAGUCCCCACCGUUUGUCAAAUUUGUGACAAAGAUAAACUUGAAUGGCGUGCACACCUCCAGCGGUGAGGUGGACGUGAAUGCGGUGACUGCACUGGCCAAGUGGCAGAACUCCUACAGUAUCCGGAUGGUGCUGCUGGAGCUGCGACGGCUCAUGACCUGCAAGGAGAACACGAAGCUUCCUCAGCCACCCGAGGGCCAGAUCUACAACAACUGAGCGCCGGCUUCUUCUGCCUCCAUCGCCUCCUCGACUCUGUUUUUGUUUUGCUUUCAUCUGUUUAUCCCCACCAUGUGACAUCUCAUGCCAACACCUUGACUGAGCACGCACGCACACACACACACACACACACACACACACACACACACACACAGCUGAAGACGUAUGCAAUGACAGACACGUGCAAAUAUACACUCCCAAAUCUGUAUACACCAUCACAAAGCAGAACAUGAGGUCCACAUGAAUACAUGCAAACACACGUACACAUAUAUCAGUACACACACACAACCCGCAUAAGACCUAAACAAUAACGAGUACAGGCAAAUCUACAUACACACAAAGACACACUUGAGCAUUCAUGAAAGUCAUUCCCCCCCACGACCCCCCUCCCCAACCACUGGAGCUCUGGGUGGACUCGAUGUGACGAGGCAGGUGGUGUCCUCAGUCCACACCAGAUGUGAUCGUUUGAAUACUGUACAUGUUACUAAUCUUUUUUUUGUAUUAUUAUUUGUUAAAAAUGCAGAUUGUACAAUAACAUAAAUAAUCUUAUUGAGUGUA